AUGGAUAGAAUUAACUGUCUGGAAUGUGGUGAAACGUUUUGUAGUAGAUACAACAUGAUGCGGCAUAAAAGAAACAAACAUCUAAAAGAAGAUGAACGCUUUGGAAAUUCAACUCAUACGCCUGAAUUGGCAUCAGGAGCGCAUUUUGGAGCGCCACAGGAAGCUCCGCAAAGAGCGCCGGGAGCUCCACAAGGAGCGCCUCAGGGAGCGCCGCAGGGAGCUCCGGAAGGAGCGCCUCAGGGAGCGCCGCAGGGAGCUCCGGAAGGAGCGUCUCAGGGAGCGCCGCAGGGAGCUCCGGAAGCAGCGCCUCAGGGAGCGCCGCAGGAAGCUCCAGAAGGAGCGCCUCAGGAAGCACCACGGGGAUCCCCGCAGGGAGCGUCACGGGAAAUUGAUCCAACUAUUCUCCAGCAUCAUUUUACCAUGAUCAUUUCUGGUCCCACAGCAUGUGGGAAAGCAACAUUUGUAAAAGAACUGCUCCAAAAUCAUACCAGUCCUACAGAAUUAAGCCUAGUGUACAGAGAAUAG